AUGAAUUUACUGCGGGAACGUGACGCCGGCAACACCGGCCCCAGGCCCGGGGUGGGCCGGAGCCGAGUAAGCACGAAAGUGAAAAUUGCUCGAGCCGGAGGUGUUUUCAAUUUGGCGACUCUUGGACCGGCCAUUGGCGUUCCGGACACGUCCGCAGCGCCUAUCCGGGCGCCGGCGGGCGUUUUGAAUUUGUCUCGAAUUAAAUUAUUGACGUCCCGAUCGAUUCGGGACCGCUCCAGUUCGCAUCGACGGCUUCCCCGUCCACCCGCUGCGAGCGAACACUCGAACAUUCGCCAUUUUACAGUCACGUCUUCUAAUCACAUUCUACCGAGGCACUGCGUACGCUCGAUAACUUCCGAGCCGUUAAAAGAGAAGAUUAACACCCGAAUUAAUCGGGAGAUUAAACAUAAUGAAGGGAAAUCUCAUUACCGUGGGCAUAAUGGCGGGAAGGAACCAGCGAGCAGAAGGAAAGAGGACCCGGCGCGUGAAAGGGAAGAAAAUGCUAAGCGCGAAGAAAAU